AUGAUUGGACUGUCUUUGGCGCUGGGUCUCAAUCUAGCAUCGUCAUUGAAGAGUUAUGCCGUUACUCUACGAUGGUCCCUCCUCACAAGACGAUACGUCUCACUGGAAGUCUUCGACCUGAUCCUCAGCCUUGAAACCCUUACCAAAGUAGGAAAACUCAUGAUCAUCUCCUUUCCGGGCGUCCGCAAAUUCAAGUUCCUCAAGAAGCUACCGUGGUUCCGCGAAGCACGCGACGACGGGACCAGAUUGACAUGGCUCGUCUGCCUGCUCUGGCUCAUGGUCAACGUCGGCGCCCAAGUUCUCGUGGCCUGCCUGUCGCUCUUCUGGCCCGUGGACCCAGCCGAUGCCACGCCUCUGAUGAAAUUUGGUGACGUCGUCGUCUCCGACCUCAACCAGUGGGCAUUGGACCCUAUCGUAGACAACCUGAACGCCUCGCAUCUGGAGAAGGCAUGGUUCGCAGGCAACGAGGCAGCUGCAUACCCCUGGUUCUGGGUCAACCAGUCGAAGACCGACUUGAGUUCCCUGGCGGGCCCUCCUUACUAUAAGAUCGAAGACGCCUACUACGAGUACCGAUUCCUCAACCGUAACCCCGAUCAUGAAUUCUCGCAAUACCUCGUGUCCUCCAGAACCGUCCACGCCAAGGCAACUUGUGAGGAACUCGUGCUCGAGAGCACUGAGGUCGAGGAAACGGAAGAGGGUGCAUUCUUCGUCAAUGCAAAGAGAGCAGACGCAGGCCCCGAUGCCAAUUACGACGUAUACUGGCUGACAGAAAUCACAACCGGCUCGAUAAGCUGGAUGGCAUCUGUAUACGAAGGAUGCGGCCCUCGAUGCACAAACUACACAAUCUACCAGCACACCGAUCUCAAAGACAUAAAAACCCCAGCGCUGUUCCUCUGCGAAAACACGCUGGGAGAAGUCAAAGGUGGAGAAAACGACUUCACCGGACUGAGCGAGCAAGAUCGCAAGGCUCUUUACAGCAACGACGAGUUCGCGCGCAUUGCCGCCGGCGCCAUGGGCUGGACAGGGUACACAUUCAACUCGUGGUACGAUCGGCAGACGCGAAGCUACACGCGCGGCUCGAAGUGGGCGCCGUACGAGAUGAUGACGGGAAAGAAGGAGAAGAUUGCGGAUAUGCUAGCGAUUUACACGAUCGGGGCGAUCGCGGCGUUCGACGACCACGGCCUACGGUACACCAUCAAGAACCAAUGGACGAAGCCCGUGCAGGGUCAGCAGCUGACUGUCGACUGGGCGUGGAUCUUCGGACUCCUCGGAGGCAUCAUACUCAUCCAGACGGCCGCUCUGGCAGCGCUGUUGGCGUUCGCGAAUAAGUCUAUCAUCCGAGACGAGAGCCACUUCAGCAUGGCGAUGCUGCUGAAUCCAGUGGUGAGCCGGCUUGGGCAGGAGGGUAUGAACAUGACGGGAGACGAAAUCAAGACCCAUCCGAAGUUGCUGUGGAAGAGGAUACGAUACGAUUACCGGGAGGGCAAGGACGGCGAGCCGAACCAGGUGUCUAUCUUCUUCCAGGGCAAGGAUAUGCUGGAGGCGCGGCGAAGUUGGGCGGGUGGCAAUUAUAUAUAG